AUGCUGAAGGAAUUAUGUGUUGCUUCUGUUCAUAUAAAUAGGUCAGAAAUAGAAUACAAUUUGAGACAUAAUAUUAUAGCACGCACCAUGCUUUCCUACACUGUAUUCUCUUUGCUUCUGGUGGCAGUUUUGGUGAAUGCCGAAGACUACUGCAAGUACCCCUGUGGAUCGCAGCAAAAUGUUGGAUGCAAUAAUACGGGUGCUCCAGCCGAAACAUGUGUGGAUUAUCAGGAUGUUCCUAUGACCGAAGAAUUGAAGCAGGAUUUUUUGGACGAGCAUAACUUUUUCAGAAGUCUUGUGGCUAGAGGAGUAGGACUAAUAAAAGAUAACGAAACUGCACCAACUGCUGCGAAAAUGAUGAAACUGAAAUGGGAUGACGAGUUAGCUUACUUAGCCUCGCUGAAUGUGAAAACUUGCAAAAUGAACCAUGAUUGUGCUAGGACAAGUCAUGGUUGGAGUGGUCAGAAUCUGUACGCUUUUGGCACAACAGGAACAAUUAAUCCUCAAGGAGCUAUAAAAUCUGUAGGAGCUUGGUACAGUGAAAAUAAAUACACACGAAAAUCAGACAUAGAGAAACUCUCAACAAUUUAUGUAGACAAGAAAGCAAUUGGUCAUUACACUCAAGUAAUUUGGGGAAACACUGAUAAAGUGGGUUGCGCAGUCAGCACAUACAGCAGUGGUAACUUGUUCUGCUUGCCCAAAUGGUUGUGA